CUUUAAUUUUAAUAUCUUAUUUCUUAAUCCAAAUAGUUUGGCCUUUAGUGUAGUAUAGCUAAGGCUUUACUUUUAAAUCCAGCAAAAGUCUGUUGCUUCUUAAUAGGUCAAAUUAAGUUUGAUUCCUGAAAACUGCUUCACAGUUUUGAAGUAUGUGUUAUAAUUAAAUAUGUCAUAUUUUAAAUAGUUAGUGGUAGAGUUUUCUGCAUAAGGAUAGUCCUAACAGUAUAUACAGUCAUUUCCUAACAGUAUAUUUAUAGCCAGUUAGUAAAAUCCACAUGAACUCUAACAUCCUUACAUCAGAACUAGCCAAGAGGGCUUUCACAGUAUCAUACUUGAUCUAUUAAAAAGUGGCACUGUGGAGAGAGGACUUGGAAAAUAACUAAGUUGGUUUAAAUUGCAACCAACUAAUAAUAAUAAAUAUAUACAUUUAUUGUUAAUUAGAACAAGCUGGAUAGCAAAGAGCUAGAAAUACUCAACUAGGUGUCAGUUUUAACAUUACCCUCUUCUACAAGACUUGAUGUCACAGACCCAAAAAAAUGUGUUCUUUUUUCUUGUGCCAAACAGGUAAACAGGCAAAAAUAUCAAUGGGAGAGGAAAACCAAACCUUUGUGUCCAAGUUUAUCUUCCUGGGUCUUUCACAGGACUUGCAGACCCAGAUCCUGCUAUUUAUCCUCUUCCUCAUCAUUUAUCUGCUGACGGUGCUUGGAAACCUGCUCAUCAUCAUUCUCAUCUUCCUGGAUUCUCGCCUUCACACUCCCAUGUAUUUUUUUCUUAGAAAUCUCUCCUUUGCAGAUCUCUGUUUCUCUACUAGCAUUGUCCCUCAAGUGUUGGUUCACUUCUUGGUAAAGAGGAAAACCAUUUCUCUUUAUGGGUGUAUGACACAGAUAAUUGUCUUUCUUCUGGUUGGGUGUACAGAGUGUGCACUGCUGGCCGUGAUGUCCUAUGACCGGUAUGUGGCUGUCUGCAAGCCCCUGUACUACUCUACCAUCAUGACACAACGGGUGUGUCUCUGGCUGUCCUUCGGGUCCUGGGCCAGUGGGGCACUAGUGUCUUUAGUAGAUACCAGCUUUACUUUCCAUCUUCCCUACUGGGGACAGAAUAUAAUCAAUCACUACUUUUGUGAACCUCCUGCCCUCCUGAAGCUGGCUUCCACAGACACUUACAGCACAGAAAUGGCCAUCUUUUCAAUGGGCGUGGUAAUCCUCCUGGCCCCUGUCUCCCUGAUUCUUGGUUCUUAUUGGAAUAUUAUCUCCACUGUUAUCCAGAUGCAGUCUGGGGAAGGGAGACUCAAGGCUUUUUCUACCUGUGGCUCCCAUCUUAUUGUUGUUGUCCUCUUCUAUGGGUCAGGAAUAUUCACCUACAUGCGACCAAACUCCAAGACUACAAAAGAACUGGAUAAAAUGAUAUUUGUGUUCUAUACAGUGGUGACUCCAAUGUUGAACCCCAUAAUUUAUAGCUUGAGGAACAAAGAUGUCAAAGGGGCUCUCAGGAAACUAGUUGGGAGAAAGUGCUUCUCUCAUAGGCAGUGACCUCUGAGUCUGACUUUUAGAGCUAUGGUAACAUCCUUUAAAAAGGAGCAAGAUUUUAGUAGGCAAUUAUGAAUUAGGUUAUUUCAGGAAGAAGUGUGAAAAUGAACAUGUUCUAAAAACUGUGAAUACUACAAUCUAAACUAGAACAUAGGGAAAAAAUAAAAGCAUGAAAAGUUAGGUCAUUUCUUGAUUGUAAAAGGUGUUGGGUGCUACUGUGAGGAGUUUGUAGUUAAUUCAGCUGCCAUGGCAUGUUUUAAGCACAGUCACAAUUGAAUCCAGGAGGUUUCAACCAGAUUAUUCUGAAAUAACAGCUAAUACAAAUUGCAAGCAUAAUUCUAACAUCAAAGAUAUCUCAAGUUUGCAUGUCUUCAGCAUACAAACCUUAGAAUAGGCUCUGAUUAAAACAAUUAAAAUAUCUGUAAGAGUCUUUAAUACUGGGUUCAUUAGAUCCUAGAGCACUUCAGCUUGUGAAAAGGUACCAGAGGAAAUAAUACUUCCUAGUUCUUCAUGAUCUCUCCUGAAAACCCCCCAAAAUUUUAUAUAAUCACCUCAAAUUUCGUGUAAGCAUAGACUAUCAGAGUAAAAAGGGAAUUCAAUAGUAAAAUAAUCCAACCACAUAUCUGAGGCUUAAAUUAUUUCAUAAUAUCUCAUCAAAUAAUUGUUCAGCAUUUGCCUAACCAGGAAUGACACAGCUCCUUACUCGGGCCACUCUCUUUCAUAUAAAGGUAGUUUUUACUAUUAUAGAGAUCUUCCUCAUGAUAAGUUAAAAUCAGUUUUCCUGUAUCUUCAAUCUAGUUUCUCUAGUUUUAGUCCUAGAGCAAUUGUCAUUAUUCUUCAAUACUAGAACAUACUGAGGUCAAUUUCUGUAUUUGCCCAAAUUCAAUUGUCUCUGCCAACUGCCCACUAGUUUCUUUACAAUUUCUUUAUCUAAUAUGCUUUGGUACCCUGUAUUAUCUUGGUCAUCCUCUUCUGAAUGAGCCCAAUUUACCUAAAGAGUAUUUCUUUAAAAAACAAAAGAGAAAUUAGAAUUUGGGGUGACCCCUUCAUAGGCUUCAAUGCCUGCACACCAUGUCACACUGUGGCCCAACUUCUCUAAAAUAGUCAAUUCCAGAGUCCUACUUCAGUUCCUCACAAACCCAUAAUACAAAUAAACUGGCUGGUAGCCUCUUCGCUCUUUCACUUAAAACUUCUAACAUUCACAUGUUUAGAGGAGAUUCUAAGCCACAUGUUUAGAGGUGGUUUUCCAUGGUAACUAUUCUACAGCCAUCACGCACAUGGGGUCCAGAAACCACAGACCUCAGAUUGACUGUGUAGAAGUCCCCUCCAGUGAAGAGCUAUCCAAUAGCUGUACUUAUUUCUUUCUUCUUUAAUUCAUGUAUACAUGUGUCCAUUUUUAAACCAGCUAUUGAUCUCUUAUUUCAUUUUAUCUUAUCCAACUCUGAGUGUAUUUGGUAUACUCAGAGUAAUGACUGAGACAUAACAUAUAUUAAUACACAUUUUUUACUAUCUUUUUAAAAUUUACUGGAACUGUACCACAAUAGGCAAACUUUAAUCUGGGGUAUGAUAAUCACUGAAAACCUUCAUUCAAAUGAUAUGUGUUAGUUGAGGUGAUAUAGAGAAGGAUAAGAAAUUUUUAGUUGAAUUUGGUAACUUUGGCUGCUGGUUAUGAUCUAGAUGAGAUCUAUUUCAGUGAAUAGAGGAAAAAUAAGAAAAUGUAAACAGACAUUUGGAGAUGUUUUACCAUGAGGGAGAAGGAGGAAAUGAGGUAUGGUUAGGAAAGUGGGAUUGUGGGGGUUUUAUUCAUUUUAUUUUAUUUUAGAUGCUUAGGCUACUCCCCCACCCAUUCCUUGCAGAUUCUAGCCCCUGACUCACUGCCACUCUCCUGAAGAUACUGCUCCUGUGUUAUAGUUGUUGGUUAUUUUAAUUUUCUCAUAGAAUGAAAUAUUCAAAUAGUUUGCAUUCUGAGAUUCCUUAAUCCUCGCUUCUCCAAUGAUUUCAGCUACUCAUUCCCAUGGUCAUAUCUUAAAUAUUGGCGUUAAUGAUAACUGCCAUCCCAUCUGACCAAAUUUCAAACACACUCCUGAGUAAAACAAAAUGAUUGCUAUUUUAAAGCACUAAAUUUUGAAAUGGUCUGUAUGCAGCGAUGGAUUACUGACACACUGAGAAUUAUGUUCCCACUCAUUCCACCAAAAUAGAUGCCAAUGGGGCUUCUUCACAAAGCUGUCUGCAUGAAACCACUACAUACUAGGGAGGGAAGGGGAAAAUAAAGACAAAAAAUUCUAAUGAAAACAUACUUAAUACAUACACCUAGAAAUCAUCAUAAUGAU